AGAAGAGACACACAGAGAAAGAGCGAGAGACACAGAUCACCACAGUGAGAGGAAGAAAGGCCACAGUCUCCGGCGGCCGAUGUGAAGACUGGACUCCGUGCACCCCUCGCCGCCUCUGCCCGGCCACAUCGAUGUUGCAGCCCGCUCGCCCGCACCACGAUGAACGCGCAGCUGACCAUGGAGGCGAUCGGCGAGCUGCACGGGGUGAGCCAUGAGCCGGUGCCCGCCCCUGCCGACCUGCUGGGCGGCAGCCCUCACGCGCGCAGCUCUGUGGGGCAUCGCAGCAGCCACCUGCCUCCCGCGCACCCGCGUUCCAUGGGCAUGGCGUCCCUGCUGGACGGCGGCAGCGGAGGCAGCGAUUACCACCACCACCACCGCGCCCCUGAGCACAGCCUGGCUGGCCCCCUGCACCCCACUAUGACCAUGGCCUGUGAAACUCCCCCAGGUAUGAGCAUGCCCACCACCUACACCACCUUAACCCCUCUACAGCCGCUGCCGCCCAUCUCCACCGUGUCCGACAAGUUUCCUCACCACCAUCACCACCACCAUCACCACCACCACCCACACCACCACCAGCGCCUGGCGGGCAACGUGAGCGGUAGUUUCACACUUAUGCGGGAUGAGCGCGGGCUGGCCUCCAUGAAUAACCUCUAUACCCCCUACCACAAGGACGUGGCUGGCAUGGGCCAGAGCCUCUCGCCCCUCUCAGGCUCCGGUCUGGGCAGCAUUCACAACUCCCAGCAAGGGCUUCCCCACUAUGCUCAUCCCGGAGCGGCUAUGCCCACUGACAAGAUGCUCACCCCAAAUGGCUUUGAAGCCCACCACCCUGCCAUGCUCGGUCGCCACGGAGAGCAGCACCUCACGCCCACUUCGGCCGGCAUGGUGCCCAUCAACGGCCUUCCUCCGCACCAUCCCCAUGCCCACCUGAAUGCCCAGGGCCACGGACAGCUCCUGGGCACAGCCCGGGAGCCCAACCCUUCGGUGACCGGCUCGCAGGUCAGCAAUGGAAGUAAUUCAGGGCAGAUGGAAGAGAUCAAUACCAAAGAGGUGGCGCAGCGUAUCACCACUGAGCUCAAACGUUACAGCAUCCCACAGGCCAUCUUCGCACAGAGGGUGCUCUGCCGUUCCCAGGGGACCCUUUCGGACCUGCUGCGAAACCCCAAGCCCUGGAGCAAACUCAAGUCCGGCCGGGAGACCUUCCGGAGAAUGUGGAAGUGGCUGCAGGAGCCGGAGUUCCAGCGCAUGUCCGCGCUCCGCUUAGCAGCUUGCAAAAGGAAAGAGCAAGAACAUGGGAAGGACAGAGGCAACACCCCCAAAAAGCCCAGGCUGGUCUUCACAGACGUCCAACGUCGAACUCUACAUGCAAUAUUCAAGGAAAAUAAGCGUCCGUCCAAAGAAUUACAAAUCACCAUUUCCCAGCAGCUGGGGUUGGAGCUGAGCACUGUCAGCAACUUCUUCAUGAAUGCAAGGAGGAGGAGUCUGGACAAGUGGCAGGAUGAGGGAAGCUCCAAUUCAGGCAAUUCAUCAUCUUCAUCAAGCACCUGUACCAAAGCAUGAAGAAGGAAGAACCACGGACUAGAACCUCGGUGGAAAAGCUUUAAAUUUAAUUAAUUAAAAAAAAAGUUUUUAAAGACCAGGACCUCGACAUAGCAGGUUUAUACUUAGAAAUAUUUGAAGAAAUAAAAGUGGUAUUUAUAGUCCAAAGAAACCAAAGACUUAAAGCUCACCUGCAUUCUGACUUUGUUCCGAGAUGCAUACUUCAGCGGGGCAAGACUUGGCAAGAAAAAUGAUCGGGAAAACAUUGGAUCUCACGCCUUCAACCCCCUGCGCCUCACUGUGUUUGGCUGCUUGGUGGCUCCAAGCACAGUAAUGUCUGAGCCAUCGGGCGGUCGUCUCUUA